CCUGAUCACGUUUCCACCACUCGUUCGAUGCCCAACUCUCCUCACCCUCUCUUCCUCCUCGAGUCAACGAAAAUCUUCCACCUACACUGCACCUGAAGUCCACCAUCACCAUCACCACCAUCAUCCAUCUCUCUCUCUCUCUGGCCAGCCUGCAGUGCAGAUGCUUCCCAUCCAUGAUAUAUCCAUCUCUCCUCUCUUCCUCCUGAUCAGCUAAGUUCUUUGUGAAAGUGAAAAGGAAAAAGUUUUUUUUGAAAAAAAAAAGGCUCAUGAAGUCUCUCCGCCUAAUCCUUCCUCCGUCCACCUCGGAGCUCGGGGGAUGGAUGCCGUCCGGGAACAACCCGAUCAGGAGGAGCAGGACCCCCGGGAAGCUGCUGGGGACGGACCACCCGAGGAGGCUGACGUUCCCGGUGGCGGCAUCCAUGCCGAACGCUAUCGCUGGCCAUCCUAUGGAGAGUGCCGCUUCUCCCUCUUCCUUGACCACCUGUCAUCGUGAUUGUGAUCCUGGAGCUCCUCCUCCUCCUCCUGCGGCAGAAGCGACGCUGGACCUCCGAGCCGACUCGUCCGCCGACCGCUCUUCUGCUGCUGCGGAUGCAAGUGGUUUGGAGGAGCAAAUCGAGAAGGUGAUUUAUGGGUGCCGGUUCAUGACAAUUCUUGGCAUAGCUGGUUCUCUGAUGGGAUCCAUCCUCUGUUUCCUCAAGGGUUGUGAAUACGUGAUAAAUUCCUUUGCAGACUAUUUCAUAAGCGGUGGGAGAGCGAUUCUCAUGCUAGUUGAAGCUAUUGAUAUCUAUCUUAUAGGAACAGUAAUGCUUGUCUUUGGGAUGGGUCUCUAUGAGCUGUUCAUCAGCAAUUUCGACGUUGCGAAAACAUCAUCCUAUGGAUCAAACCUCCUUGGCUUGUUCAAACUUCAGUUCUGUGCUGAUUUUGAUAUUGGCAGGAACGACCAAAGUGGCUAGAAAUACAAUCUGUCAACGAGUUGAAGACAAAGGUGGGGCAUGUCAUAGUGAUGGUUCUAUUGGUUGGAUUGUUUGAUAAGAGCAAGAAGGUGACAAUAUCUACUCCCAACGACCUUCUCUGCUUUGCUGCUUCUAUCCUCCUUUCUUCAGGUUGCCUAUAUCUUCUGUCAAAGCUUCACAUCUCCAAAUGAAGUCAACAUGCCUGAUCCACCACUGAGCUGUUGGACCUGGUCCAACCAAUAAUUCCUCUUGGAGUAGAAAGUCAUGUGCAUUAGUAAGGAACCGAUGCAUGUCUCCAUAAAUAAAAGGCAAAGCUGCAACAUAAGAUCAGCAUAUUUCUGCUGGCUUUGUAUCCUUCAGAUGUAACACUUUUCAACGUAUAUAUGGCUCUUGCGAUAUACAGUUAAAAUAAUAAAAAUAAUGCAUUUGUGAUUACAGUUUCA